GGUAAUGCAGCAAAGCCGCCUAUUAACGUAAGAGGAAGAAGAAGAAGCAGAAGGAGCUUCUGAAACCCAACCAGGAAGACGGCAAUUACGAGGAUUAUAUAUUUAAAUAUGGCGUCCUGGGUUGGCGAUAGCAUCUUUGAUAACCAGUUCGAAUUAACUAUAGAAGUUCCAUUUCCUUCACAGAGGGAGGUGUCCAUUGCACUCCAGUCCUUGUCCCCUGAUCAUGAACCACGGACAGGUGGAACCAUAAAAAGUCUGAGUGCAUCAGCAAAUGCACUAUCUGUAAAAUGGAAUGCUGUAAAGGCUCGCAGUCUUCGUGUAUCAGUAAGCUCAUUUUUAGAUCACUUGGCACUUGUAAUGGAAACUAUGGAUACAUUUGGACAACCAGAUCUACAGUGAAACUAAUGCAUCAUGCUGAAGAAAAUAUGAUCUGUACUAUUUGAAAAUAUUGUAUUUUGUCUUUAAUAAACACUAAUCACUUGGA